CAUCUUGCAUGGUUCGAGCGUCCGAGCUCCCCGGUCCGCUCCACUCCCAGUGCGCUGAUACCGUCUGCCGGCUGCCGUUUGGAACGCCACCGUUCAGUCGGUGUGUCACUCAGCUCGAGGAUAGGAAUCAGGCGAGCCCGUCACGACAAACCGUUAGUAUGUAUGCAACAUGGAUGCUUCGGAGUCCAACUCGGUAUGUGUCUUGACAGCACUGGCCGAUGGAUCUCCUACUUCGUAACGUCACGUGUACAAUGUUUUGUUGCGCCCCAAAACCAUACUCAGCUUCAACUACAGCUCGAUUGUCCAAGACUACGGGAACCGAGGUCCUGUUGGGCUUGUUCGGCGGGCUCGCGGGUCCUUCGGCGGGUGUAUCGAGGCCCUUGCGGAAGGAAGCCGCCGAAUAUGUAUUCUCGGACGGGCCUGCCGUAAUACAGUGACAUCUGUGGCAGACAGCGUCUCCCAGAAAUAGGAAUGUAUUCUGUAAAAACAAAUCCAGAGCCACUGUUCGGCUCUACGAUACUAGAGCUCGUUCCACUGGUGUUGGGUCACGAAAUAAAGGAUGCGUAUUUAAAGCGAGUGGUCCGCGCUCCCCGCCUGCUCAGCGCACUAUCAUCGUAAACC